AUGAGACAACAGGAGCAGCGUGGUAUGAGACAACAGGAGCAGCCUGGUAUGAGACAACAGGAGCAGCCUGGUAUGAGACAACAGGAGCAGCCUGGUAUGAGACAACAGGAGCAGCCUGGUAUGAGACAACAGGAGCAGCGUGGUAUGAGACAACAGGAGCAGCCUGGUAUGAGACAACAGGAGCAGCCUGGUAUGAGACAACAGGAGCAGCCUGGUAUGAGACAACAGGAGCAGCCUGGUAUGAGACAACAGGAGCAGCCUGGUAUGAGACAACAGGAGCAGCCUGGUAUGAGACAACAGGAGCAGCCUGGUAUGAGACAACAGGAGCAGCGUGGUAUGAGACAACAGGAGCAGCCUGGUAUGAGACAACAGGAGCAGCCUGGUAUGAGACAACAGGAGCAGCCUGGUAUGAGACAACAGGAGCAGCGUGGUAUGAGACAACAGGAGCAGCCUGGUAUGAGACAACAGGAGGUAGCAGCCUGGUAUGAGGCAACAGGAGCAGCCUGGUAUGAGGCAACAGGAGCAGCGUGGUAUGAGACAACAGGAGCAGCCUGGUAUGAGACAACAGGAGGUAGCAGCCUGUAUGCCACGCCCACACCCAGCAGGCCACGCCCACACACAGCACCCAACGCCCACACUUCGCGUACAUCUAGCAAAGUGCAGGGCCCUUAUCUUCAUGAUGUGGUGUGGCAGGUGACUACGCCCACGCCUGGCGGUGACCACGCCCACACCUGGCAGAGACCACACCCACGCCUGGCGGUGACCACGCCCACACCUGGCGAUGACGUCACAACACCUCUAUCAUCACCAUUAGUUCCUGAAAGUUAUCUUAAAGACCAGUGGGAGGACUACCCUUACUGUCUGGUAGUUGUCAUAAUGGUAGUGGUGGAGGAACUACCCUUACUCUCUGGUAGUUGUCAUGAUGGUAGUGGUGGAGGAACUACCCUUACUCUCUGGUAG